AAAUUAUCCGAUAGUGUAGCACUAGAACGUAAAACAGAAUUUGUGUUAUUGUGAAAUUUCUAAUGCAUAGCCAGUGAACUGUACUACAGCCCUCCCCUGUUUCACUCUUUAUAUAUAUGUCCGUGUGUGGCAAGAAAAGAUAAGGAUUUAGUUCUGCACAAAUCAGAGGCAAUGAAGUUUAAAGUCCUCAUCUGUUUCUGCCUUUUGACUGUAAUAAAACAUGUUUCUCUUACAGAUAUCUGGGCUCAUCCUAAUUCAUCAGUACUUCUGCCCUGUAAUGUUGAAGCAGAUGAGAUAGAGCUGAACAAAAACAUCUUUCUGCUGGGAGUUAGCUGGCUCCACAAUGGAUCAGUAAUAGCAUCUUCUGGAGCAGAUGGCAAUCGCACUGAAGAGGGGUUCAGCUUGGAGGCUGGAACCCUUGAAACUGGGGCUUUCUCAUUGACUCUGCAUAGCGUCUCAGCCAGCAAGCAGGGGGAAUAUGUGUGUGGCAUCAGCUACAACCACACUCUGCUGUAUUCGGGCAGUGUAACACUAUGCAUUUUAGGCCUGCCCUCUCUCUCCAUUCCCUCUACGGUGGCUGUUAUCGACAGGCCCAGCAGGAUAGAGUGCCGGGCAGAGCAUUUCACCCCCCCGCUGAUUGAUUUCACCUGGGUUCGAGCAGGUGUUGUGGUGAAACCCCCAGAGAGCAUAACAGCAGUCAACAGAACCAGCAGUGGGUUCUUCUGGGCAGUGAGCAGCCUGACACUAACACCCACUGAGCAGGACAAGGAUGUGAACUUCAGCUGUGUGGUGAAACACACCGCGUCAGAGGAACCCAUUGUCUUGAACUUCCAUCUCAAUUUAAUAUAUCUUCCUACUGUCACCCUCUCCGCCCUUCCCCUUACCUCACAAUUUUCCCCUGUCACUCUCUCCUGCGAUAUCGAGGGAUUUUACCCUGAGGAAAUCUCUGUCUCCUGGUUCCAAAAUGGCUCACUGGUGCCUGACAUGCCGUUAGCCUGGCCUGGCCCUGGAGGUUCCUUCCGCACUCGCCGCUUCUAUACUCUGAGAGCUGAAGACAUGAGGAGAGGCACUGAGGUCCAGUGUGCGGUGCGGCACCCCGCUGUCGCUGAAUCAGUCUCUGCCACCAUGACUCUCUCUGCCACUGGUCCAAAUGCAAAAGAACCAGUAAUGACUAAGUCUGCCAAGGCAUCGGUGGCCGUUAUUAUCAUUUCUCUGGCUAUGAUUUUCUUGCUCUGCUUUGGAUUCUCAUGGAAGAAAAGGGAUGAGAAAGAGAAAUCCCUGGUUGUAUCAGGCAUAAUCCUGCCCCCCCGAGUUAUAGUGGGACAAAAGGGCAGAGUAACCAUCAGCGUGGAAGGCAGGAGGGUGGACAGGGUGCAGGUUACUUGGUUCCUAAAUGACAUACCUAUCUCAGAUACUUCUAAAAGAGCACCAACAGCAAGUCCUUCUUUUUCUUACCUUCUCUGUUUGCCAGAAAAUGAGAAAAAUCUAUUGCUGCCCCCAAAUGGAAAAUUUGGAUAUUACAAGCUACACACGCAGUACCCCAUUCCAUCAGGAAACAGCCGCACAAUGCAGCUCUUCUCAUCUGUCACAUUCAUCCCCGAUAUUGCUGUUCACAAAGGGGGCAUCUUUAAGUGCCAAAUCUCCUAUAAGGGGAAAGACCAAGUGGUAGCAGAGAAAGUGUCAGACAAGUUAAUGCUGUUAGCUGCCCCAGAAGUGUCAGAGAUUAAAUUUUCAGAACCAGCGGACGACAGAGGUGUUGUCACUCUUACAGUAGAAGCCUCUCGCUUUCAUCCCGCCCUCAUCACCUUCCGAUGGUUUUGUCAGGGGGGAGAGCUCAGCCCCAUAGCGCCACCACCGUCGCUCGCCACUCCCCGUCCAAGUAUCCAGGGAUUCUUCUCUGCUGUCAGCCAGUGCAAACUACCUCUGGAAGAGCUGGAGAAAGGCCAGACCAAGGUGUGGGUCACAGUGCACCACAUGGCCAUGAAGGGGCCAAUCAUACGACAGACUCCAGGUUUCAUAAAAAUGCCUAUUGUGUCUGAGAUCUCCUCUUGCCCUGCAUACACAUCUUCUCCUGAGGAAUCUGUCACUCUCCUGUGUGAAAUCACGGGCUUUUUCCCACCCGAAAUCUCCGUCACCUGGUGGGAAGACGGUGAGCAAGAGAUAAUGGAGGGCAAAGAUUCCUGGGGGCCCUUACUGACCGAUGGCAGCACUUACCGUGUGACUGCCACUCUGAGGAUCGGACAGCGUGAAACAAAGGUGGAGAGGAGUGAGAGAGAUAUUGUUUGCAGAGUGAUGCACUGCUCUUUACAGGAGCCCAUUGAGAAACACUGGAGGCAGAGGCACAUAGCCCUUCCCAUUAUUCCAUCGUCACUCUCUGUUCAGUGGAAAACGGGGGGUGUUGGGGAGUUUUCCCUGCUGUUGUCAGGGGGGCACCCGUACGCCACCCUUUUGUGGGCAGCUGGAGGCGCCACUCUGUCUCCCCUCAUCUCAACAGAAAGCGAGGAGGACGGGAAUGAUGGAAGCAGGCAGCUAAAGAGUAUGUGUACCCUGGAGAGGAGGACAGGGACAGGAAGGCGCCCUGCGGCAGGUGCUCACUGCAUGGGGUCUCCACAGACUACAAAGGAUGCCACUUUGGAUUACAGUCCAAUAGAUAUGAAGCUUAUGGAUGAUGUAGAGCACGUAUGGAUUAAAAAGACCAGAAACAGACCUGGGACACCAAUAGUGAAGCGCGCAACACAGAGAGAAGACGGGGCAGAUGAGCAACAGGAAGAAAGGAAAAGAGAGAGUGACCUUUCCCAAGUAAAUAUUGUCCAUAUGGGAAAGGGUGAGGAAAGACUCAGGGUAACCGUGGAGAUCACUCACCCCAGACUUCCUCUGCCUGUGCACCUGACAUGGAUGGGUAAUUAUCAAUGCUAUGAUGAUGCUGUGAAAGGAAGAAUUUCGAAAUGUGCCACUCUCUUAGUGGUAGUAGUGUUGAAUCCUUGUUUUGGGGGGUGUUCCUGUGUAUACUAGUGUUUUGCCUCUACUUAUAGUUAUCAAGGCAUCCAUAAAAUGAAUGAUUGAAGGUGGAGACACCGUAGAUUAUCCAACAUAAGUUUAAAUACACAUUGUGCUAUAGAAGUAGAUCCAUGCCACACUCUGAUUUCCUGAAGUGGCAUUCACUGUUGCUGAUGUGUUUUUUUCUUUUAGAACCACAGGAGUAAUUACGUUUCUGAUCUCAGGAACCCUACCAGUUGGGGAACAUCUUCCUUGCAGGCUGCUUGAAUGCCUAUGGAUUCCUGGUGCGAAUUCUUUUCUCAUAUAGAGUUACCAGAAAUUAUGUCUGUGUGUGGAUUAGGUUUAUAUUACACUGUGGGGACCAAAUGUCCCCCACAAUUGAAUGAAAACCUGUUUUUUUUACAUUGUGGGGUCCAUUUUACAGGUCCUCAGAAAGA